AUGCAGCCCUGCGAUCCUUCAUCAGCUUUCUUUGGCUUCAUGGGCGUGACCUCUGCGUUCCUUGUCUUUGCUUUGGCGGCAGCUUAUGGAACUGCGAAGUCAGGUGUGGGUAUUGCAUCUAUGGGGGUCAUGCGACCUGACAUGAUCAUGAAGUCAAUCAUCCCAGUGGUUAUGGCUGGAGUUCUUGGCAUUUACGGACUCAUCACAGCUGUCAUUAUCAACGGCAAAAUGGAUGCAGCCAAUUAUUCGGCCUACUCGGGUUAUGCGCAUCUUGGAGCUGGCUUGACUGUUGGCAUGAGUUCUUUGGCUGCCGGUUUGGCUAUUGGCAUUGUUGGAGAUGCCGGUGUUCGUGCCAACGCUCAGCAGCCGCGCCUGUUUGUCGGCAUGAUUCUGAUUUUGAUCUUUGCGGAAGCGCUGGGUCUGUACGGCCUUAUCGUUGGCUUGGUAGUCGCUUCUACGGCGGAGGGCAAGGGCAAGGGACUCUGUGGCCAAGCCGCAGCAAGCACACAGCAGUGUCUUCCGGUGGGCGUGAGCAGUGCCCUGUUCUUCAACAGGAGGUACUCUUUGCAGCAGUGGUGCAGCCUGUUGGCGGUGUCGCUGGGCCUCAUCACGUUUUACUAUGUGAAAGCAAAGGCAAGCUAUGGCAAGCUAGUAUUUGGCAAACUGGACAUCAGCAAUCGGAUGGACGAUGGCUUCCGCAUUGCCGAUCCGCAAGUAGAUCCCUUGGCACCCGGGGCAGAAUGCUUGUUAGUCAACCGGGGAGAGGACGAGAUUCUGGAGCGCUUCGUCGAGCGCUGCCGCAAGAAGCUCCGGAAAGCCAAAGAUGAGGCAGCCCAGGCCAUGGUUCUGGCACUGCUGGUGUCGGAUGCCUGUGGGCGUUCGGGCGUCCAUGCAGCAGACCUGGAAGCCCGGCAUGCAGAGCUGACGAGCAGCCAGCGCCGAGCCUCGGGAGAGCUUUUGCUAGGUGGUCUCUUGGGAGAUGUCGCUUCGUCACCAGCUAGGAACUCGCGCCGCACAGGAGCAGCCUUGGGCCCUGAGAGAGCCAUUCUGUUCAAAGCAGUGGCGGAUUGGCUUGGAACGUUUGGGUGCACUUUGCAGCGCCAACAGCAUGCGCUGCACAAUGUGGUGAGCAUCAGCCAGACACCUUGUGUUGUUGAUCUGCUGUUUGAUCCGGGUGCCCUGUAUGAAGACCCCUCGCCGAGGGCACAGGAGUUGCUUGCUGAUAAUCAUUUAAAUGUUUCCUUGGAUGUUUUUGGUAUACGGUAUCGGCGACUUCUGAUGCAGAAUGGCAGCGGGCAGGGGAAGGAAAUGCCGCCAUCUUCGCGCACAGACCUCAGCGGUCAUAUGCCACGCCCUCCUUGGCAUGUCGAGCCUUGGGAGCUGGAGAUCUCACGGGGCGAUCGAAUUGGCCGGGGCGGCUUUGGGGAGGUCUUCCGCGGGCGAUGGGCUGGUAUCCGAGUUGCCGUGAAGGAGAUGAAGGACAGCUCGCGAGCUCCAAGUGACGCUGAUGUCGUGGAUUUCUUGCUUGAGAUCGCCAUGUUAUCUCAGCUGAACCACCCGAACAUUGUUCGCUUCUGGCGAGGCUCCACUGAGAUACAUGCAGGCAACCGCAGUCUGCUGAUGGUUACGGAAUACAUAAGGCAGGGUGGUCUAAGUCGGCUUCUUCAUGGGCAUGGUGGGCCUGCUCUGCCAGAUCCAUUGACGCUUGGGCAGGCCUUGUCCUUUGCUCUGGAUGUGGCUCGGGGCGUGCAGUACCUUCACAGUCAGCGAAUUCUACAUCUUGACCUCAAAAGCCCGAACGUCCUAUGUGCUCCCGUCUGGACUGCCAAGCUGUGCGAUUUUGGCCUUGCGAAGAUGCGAGGGGAGGCAACAUACGUGCAGUCGACGCUGCAAGGUGUGAGUCCAGUCUGGGCCCCGCCGGAGAUGUUCGACAGCAGAAGUGGGGGUCUCACAGAAAAGGCCGACGUCUAUAGUUUCGCUGUGAUUUUCUUCGAGCUGCUCACUAAACAGGUGCCUUUUGCGGAAGUCAGUGCUGCCAAGCUGCCAGCGGCCAAAGCUGCAGGGCAGCUUCCACGCAUCCCAACGUCGGUCCCGACGGACUGCGCCGAGCUGAUCCAGCAAUGCUGUGCUUCCAACUUAGUCGCUCGACCUUCCAUGAGCGGAGCGGCAGCGCGUGUCCGGGAGAUUGCGCAGACACAUGAGAUCAACCUUGCGGAGGUUAAGCCGCCCGCUGCUCUCCUUCGUUUUGAUGAUGACCAGGAGCGCAGGGUACAGGAAGCCGAGGAUGCGGCCGCAAAGCGAUUGAUUGAUGUGGACAAGCAGCGUGCGCAUCUUCGAAUGGAGCUGUCUGAGCUGCACCGGAAGAUUGAAGUAGCAAGAAAGCAAGCAGCGGAAAUGAGCUCUCAGAACGUCUCCAAUGCGGGCUUGCUACAAGACUCGCAGGAUGCUGAUGAUUCCUGGUGCGAGCCUUUCAUUCAAGAAGUUGCCGGUGCCAAGUUUCGUUGUUCUCUCUGCUCCAAGCUCUUCCGUGGCCCCGAGUUCGUUAAACGCCAUCUCGAGGCAAAGCACAGAGACGAAGCCAAGAGGCUUAUCGAAGACAAGUAUUUUGAUUGCGAUGUGUCCCGGGAGGAUGCAAUCCCUGUCCACCAUGCAAUGGGAAACGCCGUCACCGGUGCAGACCCCCAUCCAGCCAGAGUCCUCUACAAUGUGGACUUCCCGAAGGACUGCCUCGGAGCUUUGCUGGUAGAGCGCUUUUUGAAGGGCAGUGGAGAGCUGUACGAACAGAAGGCGCAACUCUUGUUGGGAGAAGUGCUGGUGAACUCGUUCUUGGUGUUUGUUGUCCCGUUCUUCAUUUUUGAUCAAGAGGUAUAUUUUGCAAAUGCUGUUUGGCAUCGAGGGUUCUUUUCCGGCUGGGAUGGCCGGGUGCUGGCUUGUGCCGUUUUAUGGAUUCCAGCUGGUUGGACGGCAACCAUACUGGUAAAGCGCUGUUCCAACCUGCUGAAGACGGUGGCCCAAGCUUCAUCAUCCGUCUUGACCUACGUGUUCUCGGUGGUGCCUCUGAGUUCUGGACCUUCGACAUGGGCACACAUCGUGACCUGGCUGGGUCCGCCUUUGACACCUGAACCCGUGUCAUCUCCAGUCGUCUUGCUAGCAAUCAGUGUGAUGCUGGCAGCUUUGAGCUUCGGGGCAGACCGCGCAGACCGUGAGACCAGGUCCUUGACGAAGAAGACCCUGCCAAGGCAUAACGGCAUCUCGGAGAUGAAGCGCGUCGAGGCGGACUGGAAGCUUGAUAGCUCCUACCAGAUGCAGGCGGCUCCUCCACGGCAUCGGUCGAGGCAGACGAGCAUUGAGGAAUCUGAAACGGCCUCCACGUUUUCUCAGUUCUCGAGACAGUACUCCCCUCCGCAUAACAAAUAG